UCCAUGUUGAAAAAAUACCGAAGAGUAUGAAAAGGAUCCCAGGUCCUAAGUCUCUAAAAGACAAAAUAGCUAUUGUUGGAGGGGGACCUUCCGGGAUUCACAUGGCUUACAAGCUUAAGAAUGCUGGAUUUGAAAAUGUGGUAGUAUUUGAGGGAUCAGAAGACGUUGGCGGGAAGUCACGAACGAUAUACCACCGAGGUGUUCCGCAUGAAUUUGGGACAUGUUACGGACAACCAGAUUACACCGAGAUAUACGACCUGGUCCGAGAGCAUGACGCUGGGGACAUCCUCCCCAUGCCGGGCCCAGACAUGUGGGUAGAUACUCCGGGGGGUAAAGUACCACUGAAAACAUCCCAGUACUAUGGAUUGGAGGCUAGAAAGUUAAGACCCGACCUGGCUAAUGGCACUGAGCUCCAGUUUUUCAUGGCGGCUAUUCAGAAAUAUGUUCGACUACAUGGGGAGCUAUUCGGCCAGUAUGAAGGGAUGCUAAUGCCGCGCCCAGACCGGACGGUACUAGCCGCAACAAAUAUGACUUUUUUGGAUUUUUUACGUAAACAUGACAUUGAAAUUUUGAAGGCACUCUUUAUUCCUGCUGCCACAAUGCAAGGGUAUGGUCACGUGGAUGAGAUUUCCGCUCUGUACGCAAUGAUGUGGUUAACGCCAAAAUUCCUACUGGGCAUAAUUCCGCGAACUGAUGGAACAAGAAAUAUAAAAAUUCUCAGUAAAGGAUUUCAAUUUCUCUGGCAGGAGAUGAAAAGACAGAACAAUUUGAAUGUCAAACUUAAUAGCCCAGUUCUCGGAAUUAUACGAACAAGAAAGGGCUUUCGCGUUAUCUAUAGAGAUUGCAAAUUCUUUCGUUUUGAAAAGUUUGACUUUCUUAUCUUAACUCCAACUUUGAGAACCAUGUCAAAUAUCAUUCAAUUUAACAGAGAAGAGAAUUCAUAUUUCCAAAGGUCGUUCGACUACUAUAUCAUAUCAACUCUGGUGGACACCACUUACGGCAGACGGAGUGGGGCUCCGACGGGGUAUUACGUCGACAACAUCAACAGUAAAAUUGAUAAUCUGGUCUGGGGAUUUCGAGACUCCUAUGCCUCGUUACGUGAUAUUCUCGGAACUAACUACUCCAGUGGGAUAUAUCCGGGUGGAACCGACGGUAGGAAAAUAGAGUCGUCCAUAUACUACCAGGAGCCCCAAUCGAGGCCAAACAGGGCAACUGCUAAACGGAUUUUACGAAAUCACAUCGAAAAUGUGAAUCAGGCAAAAGUUUUGAAAGUGCAGAAACAAAUAGUGUGGGAUAACUACUUCCCUAGGUUUUCCAUUCCUGACAUGGCUAGUGGAAUAUUAUGGGAUAUAUUCGACAUGCAAGGGAAAUAUGGAAUUUGGUAUAUCGGAUCCUCUGUGUCUUUCGAAUCGUUAACUGGAGUCGUCGGUUAUAAUAACUUGCUUUUGAAACAUGUAGAUAUUCCCACGAAAUGAUAUGUAUAGUGGAAUUAUCAUUGUUUUGGAAAGUCUCCAAUGGAUGCCGGGCCUGUCCUCUACCUCACCGACAUUGACAGAAAUAUGUUUUGAUGAAUGUUAAAUUUGGGGAUAUGAAGUGGGUACCUAAUUAAAAAAAAAUUGAAUGCAACCUCAGCGGUUUUAUUUAAAACACUUCGCUAUCAUAUCAUCAUAUAACUGUUAAAACUGCUAGCUUGAUUUGAAGCAUAUUGUAUUGGAAUAAAAGAAUGAUUUGAUAUCAUUUUAUUUACAAAUUCAAUAAGUGCACCAAUUGCAAAAACCAGACGCGAACGCUUGCAGGCAUAAAAGUUAAUUGCGUACAUUUUUUAAAGUAAUCAAUGUUCUUGUUUGUCAUGUUAUAAUUGUAACAGUAAUAAAAAUUUUGAAUCUUG